CGGUUGGUUAAUAGGAAUCUGAUUAAAAAAGAAGAAAAGAAAAAGAAAAAACCGAACAAAUGGUGGCAGUCUGCAUCUUUCGGCCUCCGAUUCUCAAUGUCAGAGUAAAGCUUACAUCUCUCCCUCCCUCUCUCUACCUCUCUCAUGUAUUUAUACUCUUCCAGAACCGCCAGAGGCGCUUUCGGUGCUCCUCCACAGGAGGACAGGAUAAGGAAGAUACGCCCCGCCUGUUGAAAAUAGCAGUCAGUGGCGUUACUGAGCUUCUCAGACUUCUCCGUUCGGGCAGUCAAACACUGAACAGAGAGGAUUACACAAACAAUGCCAGAGACGAACCUUCAGUUCGUCGUAUAGACGAUGUUAUUUCGAUCCUUCAAUCAGACUACGAGCGCGCCUAUUUUCUCACGGUGGAGCAUGGAUGGAUCUUAGGUAAACUGAUAUGUUCUCAACGGCUACAGGGAAUUUCACUUCGGCAAUUUAUGCUGAAGACUGCUCCUUUGAAGAUCCAACGAUCAAAUUCCGUGGUAAGGAUCUCUACUCACGGAACUUGGAGCUGCUUGUACCUUUCUUUGACACUCCAUCCCUUGUAUUACGAAAGAUUGAGAAGGACCUACCUGAAACUUCCUUGGAGACCACUCAUUUCCAUUGAAGGAACAACUGUUUAUGAUUUAGAUGAUGAGUUCAAGAUUGUUAGGCAUGUUGAGAGUUGGAAUGUUUCUGCAUUUGAAGCCCUUAUACAAAUAUUCACCCCUGGUUUAAGAAAAGAUGGCUGAUGGACGAAGUAGCUCAAGGACAAAAAUGAUGGUACCUGGAUGACUCUUGCCAAAUAUUAAGUGGGCACCUUCCCAAGAACUGCACCAUCAACUACCAUUCAUGACAUUGCCUAUGUACUCUCAAAUCUGUCCAUUGAUCUGAACUGCCCUGGUAACAUCUAUCUCAUUGUAUCAUGAUACUGAGUUAUUCAUCCAAUUCUGUGUAAAGUAAAUUAAUGCUUUGUCCUUCUCUUUCUUUUCUGUUUCUUGGGUGGAUCUAUCUGUUAAUUUGAGCUGCCCAAGUAAUGUCCUAUAAAAUAAUUCAGGCUUGAUUCAGCGCA